CCAGGCGCCCCCGCGCGGUAAGCCCGGCCGCAGUUCCCAGCCGCGAGUUGGAACGCGGAGUCUGAGAAGUCAGAGGUGCACAGCGGCGCGCGAUGGCUGCGUGGAGCGAGCGGCUGGCAGGCGUGCGCGGGGUGCUGCUCGACAUCUCGGGUGUCCUGCACGAUAGCGGCGAGGGCGGCGGCGUGCCCAUCCCUGGCUCCGUGGAGGCGCUGGCGAGACUGAAGCGGUCCCAGCUGAAGGUGAGGUUCUGCACCAACGAGUCACAGAAGUCCCGAGGGGACCUGGUGGGACUCCUGCGGCACAUGGGCUUCGACAUCUCUGAGGGCGAGGUGACCGCCCCGGCCCCGGCCACCUGCCUGAUCCUGAAGGAGCGAGGCCUGCGGCCACACCUGCUCAUCCAUGACGGAAUCCGCUCAGAAUUUGCCCAGAUCGACACGUCCAACCCGAACUGUGUCGUAAUAGCAGACGCAGGAGAAAGCUUUUCUUACCAAAACAUGAAUAAGGCCUUUCAGGUGCUCAUGGAGCUGGACAAUCCUGUGCUCAUAUCGCUGGGAAAAGGACGUUACUACAAGGAGACCUCUGGCCUGAUGCUGGACGUCGGUGCCUACACAAAGGCGCUCGAGUAUGCCUGUGGAAUCAAGGCCGAAGUGGUGGGGAAACCCGCUCCCGGGUAUUUCCAGUCGGCCCUGCAGGAGAUGGGGGUAGAGUCUCACGAGACGGUAAGGAGGUGCUGGCAGGCAAAGAUUGAAGAAACGUGAACGAAGCCUCUCGAAAGCUCAGACCGGAAGACCUGCUUGCGGGGCUCAGUGCCCCCUCCGGCUCUCCGGCUCUCCGUGUUCCCUGAGAGUCCAGCCUCGCCGGGUGCCUCUGCCCUGCCUUCACCGUAUUGCAGUCAGAAAGGAAGUGCAUCCCGGGCCUGACAGGUAGGGGUUUUUUAUUUCCCCCGACGGCGCACCUCUUGACCUCUAUCUUCUUGCCAAUGAUUUUUUAAAUCCUAAAUGAUUUGGCAAUAAUUGCCCCUCGUCGCGUGAUCAUUGCCCUUCACCGAUAGUAAAUCUGUGAAAUCCCCGGAGGCCCCAGCGCAUUUUGGUUUGCGGAGCCCACAAGCUGGCCCGGACAGGCAUCACUGCUCCGGGCAGCUGCACGCCCCGCAGCGUCCCCGGCACCCCUGCGCUCCCCCAGCCUCACACGCGGCUUCGGGGCGCCGCCCGGAUCGGGCAUCGGCUCAUCGUGACCGAGUACAGCGGCCGCUUCUCCAGAGUUCUUCCUCCAAGGGCCCAGAUCUCUGCUUCCGCCUUUGUGGGUCACAGCAGCAAAUGGCCUUGCCCAGGAAGCCCCGGGAGGCUGUGUUCCGAGGGCGAAGACUUUCUACUGCCUUGGGGGAACGUGUGCACAAAAUCUUCUUUUCCCCAGAAGCGUGGAAGGCAUCAGGCUUGACACGGAUUCCUUGGAAGACCUGUUUCAUUUCCAAGUUACUUCUAGCAAGAUGGCCCCCGGAGCCUCUGGUAGCAAUGGACAGGGCCCUAGGUUGGAAGGUUAGGAACGUUCGGAGGCCUCGAGAGGGCAGAAAGCAGAAUCUCAUCCUGGGGCUCAUGGCUGGUCCGGCGCCCUCCUCCUGGAUGAGUCGUGUGGUGGCCCGGUUGACCCUGGCUUGCAGGACCACCCAUGUGUGAGCCCUGCUGCUCUUCCCUUGUCAGGAGGUACACGUAGCCCCCUGGCUGUUUCUUCUAUUUGGAUUUGGGGGC